UUCACGAUGGAGUGCCGCAAGGGUCGACGGAAAGGUCUACUCAGUGGCCUGGUGUUUGCGUGGCUCCUAACCAGCGGUUGUACCGUCGCGGCGCGAAAUAUAGAGAGGUACGACACCGCGUACGCCUGCGAAGGCAAAACAUUAUGGAUCGAGUGCGGCGAGGGAAAGCUGAUCCACCUCAUCAGAGCGAACUAUGGAAGGUUCUCGAUAACGAUAUGCAACGAGCACGGGAACACCGACUGGAGCGUCAACUGCAUGUCGCCCAAGUCCUUCCGGGUGCUGAACAGCGAGUGCAACGACCAGCAGAACUGCAGCAUUGUUGCGUCGACGCUGCAAUUCGGCGAUCCCUGUCCCAACACGCACAAGUACCUCGAGGCGCACUAUCGUUGCGUGUCCGCGGCAACAACCACGACAACGUCCCGUCCGAGUCCACCGUGGUUCAUGACUUCUCAGCCGAGCGUUUGGAGCACGGCUAAGCCGACUGUCAGGCCUCCCUCUAGGAUUACCACACCCCCGGCACAACAGCCGCCGCAGCCGCCAGCACCGUCCACCCCGGCGCUUCCAAUAACCACCACCCCAAGUCCAACGUCGACGAGGUCGUCGGUCGAUAUGGAGGACGUCGAAGUGGACCAAGACUUAAUACUUCCCCCGAACGUUCCGUCUGCGAACGGACCUGCGGUGCCACCGAUCGUUCUUGAAACCACUCCGGCCACAACCACGUCGACCUUUGCCUCUUGGAGAACGAGUCGAAGGACCACUGUGCCGAGCACGCUGUACCCGGAGUCCAGCUCGAAUGGCCAAUGGUACGACUAUGGUAGACAAGUGUGUCCCCCGGUGAUAGCCAGGAACCUGUCGUGGAACACGACCAAGGCUGGCGACGUGGCUGUGCAGAGUUGUCCAGGCGGUGCCAACGGUUUGGCGCGGUGGAGAUGCUUGGCCAGAGGCGACACGGCCUUCUGGCUACGGGACAGUCCGGAUCUAAGCGAGUGUCGCUCCGUUUGGCUCACCACGCUUGAGAACAGGGUGACAGAGGGUGACGUGAUCCUUGGAAUCAGUCGUGAGCUGUCACAGGUGACCAACAACAGCAGAGGUCUCUACGGUGGUGAUAUGAUGAUCACGACUAAGAUCAUCAAGAACAUGGCCGAGAAGAUGGCGCAGGAUAUAAGGACGUAUCAGGAUUCGAAUCAAAGGGAGGUCAGUGUGACUGAAUUGUUGCAAGGUGUGGUAAGGACAGGUAGCAACCUGCUGGACAAAGCGCAAAUGGCAUCGUGGAAGGACCUGAGCCAUCAGGAACAGAUGAGAGUCGCGACCUCACUAUUGAUCGGACUCGAGGAGAACGCGUUUUUACUAGCAGACACGUUGAUGCACGAGAAAACGAUCACACACGAGGGAAGAAAUAUACUAAUGGAAGUGCGCGUGUUAGAUGCCCGGAACAUCGGCGACGAUCUCGAAGUGUUCCCAACGGAGGCAGCUCAACAGAGGUGGACAGCUUCGAACGACCGUGUCGAGCUGACCAGAGGAGCUUUGCUAGAGAACAGCGAGGGUGGUAUUGUCCGUUUGGUCUUCAUGGCCUUUGACAGGCUCGAGGAGAUCCUGCAGCCACAAGCCGAGGUAUCGUCGUUGGUCAUGAACGACGAACCACAGCCGUUGCCGAAAAGGAACACGACCAGGCUUCUGAACAGCAAAGUGAUCUCGGCGUCUUUGGGCAAAGGAAGGCACAUACAACUCAGCGAACCCGUCAGAGUCUACUUCAAGCAUCUGUCCAUUGAGAACGUCACCAAUCCGACUUGCGUGUUCUGGGACUACAUCUUGAGCGCUUGGUCGGCAGAGGGUUGUGAAAUACGUAAAACCAACGAGACUCAUACCGUUUGCGAAUGCAAUCAUCUCACGAAUUUUGCCGUUCUCAUGGACGUCCAUGCUGUUAGAUUGGACAUCGCUCAUCAGGUCGCUUUGCAGAUCAUCACUUACAUCGGUUGCAUUAUCUCUGUGGUCUGCCUUGUUCUGGCAAUUUUGACCUUUCAAUUAUUUCGCGGACUAAAGUCUGACAGAACCACCAUCCACAAGAAUCUCUGUGUGUGCCUGUUGAUCGCGGAAAUUUUAUUCGUUUGCGGAAUCGGACAAACGAACCAGAGAAUUGUCUGCGGUAUCGUCGCCGGAUUGCUGCACUUCUUUUUCCUCUGCGCAUUCGCCUGGAUGUUCCUCGAAGGAUUCCAAUUAUACGUGAUGCUUAUCGAGGUGUUCGAAGCGGAGAAGUCAAGGCUUCGCUGGUACUAUCUGGUCGCUUACGGUGCACCGUUGCUGGUCGUAGCCAUUUCUUGUAUAAUCGAUCCUCUCAGUUACGGCACCGAUCGAUAUUGCUGGCUACGAGCGGACAACUACUUCAUCUUCAGCUUCGUUGGACCCGUGAUACUCGUUAUACUGGCAAACUUGGUAUUCCUGUCGAUGGCGAUUUACAUGAUGUGCCGGCACGCAAACACAACCGUAGCGAUGAAGAGUAAGGAGCACUCACGAUUGGCCAGUGCAAGUGGAAAGGAAGAGAAUGCUCUUCCCAACAAAUUGCAAGCGCACUUGGCAUGGCUGAGAGGCGCGAUCGUCCUGGUCUUUCUACUGGGACUCACCUGGACAUUCGGGCUCCUCUACUUGAACCAAGAGUCCGUCGUGAUGGCGUACAUCUUCACCAUAUUGAAUAGUCUGCAGGGGCUGUUUAUCUUUGUGUUCCAUUGUGUUCAGAACGAGAAGGUGAGGAAGGAAUACAGGAAGUUCGUGCGACGCCACUCCUGGCUGCCCAAGUGCCUCAGGUGCUCGAAGACGGUGACCGGAAGCUCCGGUGGUUCUUCCGGUACCAGCGGUGGCGCCGGUGGCGCAAACGGCGGCAAGGACUUCGCCUCGCACAACACCUCGUCGAAUCCGUCGGCGCCGACAACAGACAGUUCCGGAUUGUCGCCUCACGCCGCCUCCAAUUACUUGGCGUCCGGUCGAAGCUGGGCGAUAGUCGAUAGGCAGCCGGCAGUAACAGUGCCAGGUGAAUCCUCUCCAACAGAGGCUCACAUCGUUGCCACCCUGCCGUACGCCCGUCACGCCUUCUUACCCUCAGCUCCCAAUAUCCCCAAAUCUGCCACCGCCACUUGGGGCCACCUUAACAAAAACCUCAUGUGGAAGAACAUUUCUUUUAAAUCGUAUUCCCGCGACUCCGGCCAUGGCGGCUCCGAGCAAGAAGAUUCUCCCAGGACGCACAACACCCUGACACUGGGCCACUCCGGACGAAAUCGUGGUGCAAGGGGCAUGAACGAGAACAACGAGAUCAGCGGCAACAGAACUACCGGCGGCGGUGGUGGCGGUAGAAGAGCGGCGAUUCCGUACAAGCACAAAUACACGGAGAUCAUCGACGGCCGCGCGAACGGACCGGGACAUCAUCAACUUCACGCCCAUCACGGUCAACACGUGCACAUUCCGCGAGAUCUGACCAACGAGGACGAACCAGUGUACGAAGAGAUCGAACGCGGUGGCGUCGGUGGCGGAGGCGAGAUUCAAGUGUCGGACAUGUCUGACGAGGACGGCAGGAGGCAGAGCGACAUGAGUAGACAAUCUUCGAGGAGUUACGGCGAUCACAGGCCAUUGAUACCGUAUUCACCUGCCGCCGAUAGGAAUCUGGUGCAUUACGGGCAAACGUUAACGGAUCGCGGAGGUGGAGGAGGCGGUGCUAUACACUGCGACCCGUCUGAGUAUAGUCCAGCGGUAGCGGUGGAGAGGACCUUGAACACUUGCUGGGAGAAACUACGAAAGCAGCAGGCAUGGUACGAGCGAGGUGAUCUGCCACGACUUCCGGCCAGCUACGGUAUACAACCUCAGCACGAUCACACGCGAACAGUAGCGGUCUUAGACGGCCACACGGUCGUCUGUCAUCUGCAGCCGCAGACGGACAUGUACACAGGCCGUGGGAUGCCACCGCCUUCCUACAGCGAAUGUUAGGACGCCAUUGGUCGCAGGAUCUUGUCGUCCUCUUCGUCUUCCUGCACGAGGACGAUGGAUACUCUCCUCGCUGUCGAGACGACACGCCGUCGUAUUUGGUGACGGCGUGGUGAUCGAUGUAUAAAUUGGG